GGCUUCCGGGAUGUGGCUGGGCCGUUGUUUCUCGCUGGUGCUGAGCUCCAGGUCUCUCCACUGUUCUGUCCUCAGCGUGUGUGGCUUCAUGACCCGAAGGGAACUGAUUUUCUGCUGUAUUUUUCACCUGUGUCCCAAGCAGCGUCUUGGAACCCAUCCCCCAUUUCUCCAGCCUCACUCUGGCUUGCAGGGCCGUUGACAUUUAGGGAUGUGGCCAUAGAAUUCUCUCUGGAGGAGUGGCAAUGCCUGGACACUGCUCAGCAAGAUUUGUAUAGGAAAGUGAUGUUAGAGAACUACAGAAACCUGGUCUUGGCAGGUAUUGAUGUCUCUAAGCCAAAUCUGAUCACCUGUCUGGAGCAAGGAAAAUAUCCCUGGAAUAUGAAGAGACACAGUAUGGUAGUGAAACCCCCAGUUAUAUGUUCUCAUUUUGCUGAAGACCUUUGCCCAGGGCCAGGCAUUAAAGAUUCUUUUCAAAAAGUGAUACUGAGAGAAUAUGUAAAAUGUGGACACAAGGAUUUACAGUUAAGAAAAGGCUGUAAAAGUGUGAAUGAGUGUAAUGUGCACAAAGAAGGUUAUAAUGAACUAAACCUGUGUUUGACAACUACCCAGAGAAAAAUACUUCAAUGUGAUAAAUAUGUGAAAGUCUUCCACAAAUUUUUAAAUUCAAAUAGACAUAACACAAAACAUACUAGAAAGAAACCUUUCAAAUGUAAAAAAUGUGGCAAAUCAUUUUGCCUGCUUUUACACCUACAUCAGCAUAAAAGAAUUCAUAUUAGAGAGAAUUCUUACCAAUGUGAAGAAUGUGGCAAAGCGUUUAUCUGGUUCUCAACCCUUACUAGACACAGGCGGGUUCAUACUGGAAAGAAAUCCUACAAAUACGAAGAAUGUGGCAAAGCUUUUAACCAGGACUCAAACCUUUCUACACAUAAGAGAAUUCAUACUGGACAGAAAUCCUACAAAUGUGAAGAAUGUGGCACAGCUUUCUACCAAUUCUCACACCUUACUAGGCAUAAGUUAAUUCAUACUGGAGAGAAACCCUACAAAUGUGAAGAAUGUGGCAAAGCUUUUAACCGAUCUUCAACCCUUACUAGACAUAAGAUAAUUCAUACUGGAGAAAAACCCUAUAAAUGUGAAGAAUGUGGCAAAGCCUUUAGUGUUUUCUCAACCCUUACUAAACAUAAGAUAAUUCACACUGGAGAGAAACCCCACAGAUGUGAAGAAUAUGGCAAAGCUUAUAAGGAGUCCUCACACCUUACUACACAUAAAAGAAUUAAUACUGGAGAGAAACCAUACAAAUGUGAAGAAUGUGGCAAAACCUUUAGUAUAUUCUCAAUCCUUACUAAACAUAAGAUAAUUCAUACAGAAGAGAAACCCUACAAAUGUGAAGAAUGUGGCAAAGCUUUUAAACGAUCUUCAACCCUUACUAACCAUAAGAUAAUUCAUACUGAAGAGAAACCCUACAAAUGUGAAGAAUGUGGUAAAGCUUUUAAACAAUCUUCAACCCUUACUAUACAUAAAAUAAUUCAUACUGGAGAAAAACCCUACAAAUGUGAAGAAUGUGGCAAAGCUUUUAAGCGAUCUUCAACCUUUACUAUACAUAAAAUAAUUCAUACUGGAGAAAAACCCUACAAAUGUGAAGAAUGUGGCAAAGCUUUUAAUCGGUCCUCACACCUUACUACACAUAAGAGAAUUCAUACUGGACAGAAACCCUACAAAUGUAAAGAAUGUGGCAAAUCCUUUAGUGAAUUCUCAACACUUACUAAACAUAAGAUAAUUCAUACUGAAGAGAAACCCUACAAAUGUGAAGAAUGUGGCAAAGCUUUUAACCGAUCUUCAAUCCUUAGUAUACAUAAGAAAACUCAUACUGGAGAAAAACCCUACAAAUGUGAAGAAUGUGGCAAAGCUUUUAAGCAGUCCUCACACCUCGCUGGGCAUAAGCAUGUUCAUGGUGGACAGAAACCCUACAAAUGUGAAUUAUGUGGCAAAGCCUUUAGUAUAUUCUCAACCCUUACUAAACAUAAGAUAAUUCAUACUGAAGAGAAACCCUACAAAUGUGAAGAAUGUGGCAAAACUUUCUACCGAUUCUCAAACCUUAAUACGCAUAAGAUAAUUCAUACUGGAAAGAAACCCUGCAAAUGUGAAGAAUGUGGCAAAGCUUUCAACCAUUCCUCAAACCUUACUAAACAUAAGCUAAUUCAUACUGGAGACAAACCCUACAAAUGUGAACAAUGUGGCAAAGCUUUUAGGCGGUCUUCACAUCUUAGUAGACAUAAGAUAAUUCAUAUUGGAAUUCAUACUGAAGAGAUUCUACAAAUGUGAAGAAUGUGGCAAAAGCCUCUUCCCUUACUAAAGAAUGUGGCAAAGCUUUUAAUCAGAACUUCACCCUUACUACACAUAAGAUAAUUCAUGCUGGAGAGAAACCCUACAAAUGUGAAGAAUGUGGCAAAGAUUUCUAUU